AUGCUAGCCAAGCGCAUUCUCCCAGUCGCUUUGCUUUCCAUCCUCGCAGCGUCUUCUCCGGUUGCAGUCGAACGAGACACCAAGGACUCUGCCCCUCUCCUGACUGCCAUUUCAAACGACCCAGACCUUUCCGUCUUCUACAGCCUCAUCAAGAGCACGGGUGGUAGCAGCGGCAUUCCUGGUCCGCAAUUUGAAGAGCGCUUCAACAAUCUCACUGAUGGACGCAAGUACACAGCAUUUGCACCCGUCGACUCGGCUUUCAAGAAUCUACCCCAAGAACUAAGCACAGCUUUGACGGCACCAGCAUCAUAUUCGCUACUCGAGUUCAUCCUGCGAAGCCACAUUGCACAAGGAUCCAUUACAACAGAAGAUGUCAAGACUUCGGGUAAAUCUGUCACAGCCAUCGAAGGCACACCUCUUUCGUUCAGCUCGGCGGGAGAGACCGUCUCAGUCAACAAGCAAGCCAACCUAGUUUCCGAGUCGAGAACCGAGGUCGGAAACGGAGCCAUCUUCAAAAUCACAUCAGUCCUCGAUUCCUUCGCUGGACUCUACGGGGCUGACAGUCUCAACAACACUACAUCUACCGCAUACCCAGCGUCUCAGAACGAAGGCUCCAUUGCAUCAGCCCUAGCUUCCCAGAAAGACCUAUCGACAUACGUCGAGCUCUUGAACGCGACAUCUCCAGAUUUCGUCUACCUCCUCGACGCAUCUCUCGGCCAAGGCAAGAACCUCUCCAUCUUCGCGCCGAGCAACGCCGCACUCGCGGCUCUCGGACAAAGCGCAAAGGCUCUUCAGCCCAGCAACAACGCACUGUCUUCCUACCUGCUCAAGUACCCAUUCAUCGACACGACAUCGACCGGCCAGGAGAAGUCCAUCGUCGGAUUCCCCGCGACCGUCCGAAGGGACAGCAAGGGCGCUAUCACGAGCGUCAACAACGCUGCUGUGAAGAGCGAAGCUUACUGCGUCCCUGGCGCAUGCAUUUACACCGUCGACAAGUGGUUGGACCCCCUCUUCGGUGCUCUCAGCUCCGGAAACUCUUCGUCGGCGUCAUCUUCAGGAGGGCCGGGCCUUGUUGAACACAGCGGUAGCAGCUCUUUCACGCAUUGCUGCUAG